AUGACGGAGAUUGUGGGAUUGUCGCCGUUUUUCGAGCAUGUGGAUGCCUGUCUUCCCAUUACAGCGUUGAAAACGUUUGAAUGGGGCCAGAGACUCUUUGUGUUUCAAGGGCAAGGCCCAUUCUCCCGCAUCGUUGACGAUCAGACUGGAAAUGUUGUUGCUCAGAUUCAGGCUUUCAAAAGAAACAACGUUCAUGGAUUCAUUCCUCUGCCUUACCAGCAAAAAGAUGGUCAUGCCCGAGUGAUCAUCUGGGGUGGCCAAUCGAUCAGAGCGGCUGACCUUGUAUUCGGCCCUGAUGACUCAAUUUCUCUCUCUCCAAUCAGUUCUGAGUUCCUUGCUCCGGAUUGGAUUCUGAGUGGCUGUGCUGCAGUUGGAGAUGGACUUGCCUCGGCAUAUCUAAUUACUGCGAACAAUGCCCUUCUCAGUUUGAAGCUGGUGCAGAGUGAACCCAGCCAACACCAAUUUUCGAUCUGCAUACACCAGCUCACUACAAGUGUCAAAUCCAUUCUGUACUCUGCAGAUUUGGUCGCGCUUUCUGCCUCUCACCUCCUGAUUGCCUCCGGUACUGCAUUCGGAGAGACUAUUGUUUGGUCUUGUUUCAUAAAUGAAAGUAAGUCGCCCAAUCCCGAGGCAAUCGGUUCGAUCCACCACUUCUUUACUGGUCACGAUGGGUCGAUAUACGGUGUACGAAUCUCGCCCAAAAUUCAAACCAUCAACGGUGGAAAAUCUGGCCGUCUCCUAGCAAGUUGCAGUGACGACCGAACUGUUCGGAUCUGGGAUAUCUCGGAUUGUGACUCAAAGUCGGCCGAGGACCAUUCAGCAUACUCCACAGACGGGUUCGAGCUUCGGAGUACUGGCUUCGGGAGCACUGCUACUGAGCAUUCUGGGCUUGGAUCCGAGUCUUGUAUUGCAAAGUCCUUUGGUCAUGCAGCUCGCAUCUGGGGUAUCAAAUUUCGAUCGAUGAGGGAGGACUACCCGAAUAAUUUGGGCAUUGUAACUCGUGGCGAGGACUGCAACUGUGUGGAGUGGGAUUUGAACUGGGAGACAUCUGCGACUGGAGAAACCCAAUAUCAGCUUCGGCAAACAGCCUCAAUACAUCGUCAUUCUGGAAAACAUAUCUGGUCCAUGGAUCUAUGCAGCCGGGGUGUUGAGACGGUGGUGUUCACUGGAGGAGCUGAUGGUGCAUUGAAAAGCUUCAAGAUCAGAGAAGAUGGGUCCCUGAAACCGCCCGAGCCACCUGUCAACUUGAAGAAAGAGAAACUCCGUGGUCCCAAGAAUUUUGCCCUUGUUGCGCCUGACUGUUUACUUGCGUUCAGCAUGAGCAAUGAGCUCCAACUGGGGCAUCUGAGCCCAGGUGAAAAUGUGACAACAGCAUGGGAGACCUUGUGUGUCAUAGAGGAUCUGUCCUCAUUUAUCGCAAUGGCCGGUAUCCACAAGCUGGGACUGGUCUUGUUGGGAAAUUCCAAGGGCCUCAUUCGAUUAUACAACCACGGCACCAGGUCGCUCUGUGAAUUGGUUACCUUGGGCGAGCGAGCAUUGGGCCUCUUUCCCCUCGAAUCCACCUUGCAACCUGACUCGUUCUCCUUUAUUGCGUCAUAUCUCUCGGAUGAGAAAGCGACAUUGGUAACUGUCAAUGACUGGAACACCUCGAGUCCACAGGUUGAAGCUACUACAUUUGCCUUGCCAGGGAAGCCUUAUGACAUAGCCUCUGCUGGAGUUACACACGAUCAAAAGUAUCUUUUGAUUGGCUCCAAGCUUGGUGGAUUGGCUGUAUACCGAAAUUCGGGACUUGGCCUGUCUUCCGAGCCUGUCGUGUUGGACCGGCACGCUCACGGAGGCGAGGGUACUAACUACAUCCAGGCCCUCCCUCAAGCAAAAGAACACCAAUCCGGAGAUUCUCACUAUAUCCUGACUUGUGGGCGAGAUGACACUUAUUGCGUUCGCGAGAUAAAGACCAGUAAGGACGGAAAUGAUGUCCUUUCCUUCGAGACAAUUCACCAGACUUCUUCUGGGCUCGGCAACAACCUUUCGGGGGCCUAUCAUGACGAAGUAAGUGGUGACCUCAUGCUUUAUGGCUUUAAGGGACAGACCUUUGUCCUUCGGAACGAGUCUCAGCAGAACGAUAUCGCCUCUUUCGUCUCCGGAGGCGCACGCCGUGCCUGGGCUUUUCACCCUGGCGUGAACGGCAGUGACGAUGCCCUAUUUGUUUACAAAGAAGGAUCUAAGCUGCAAACUAUUCGGAUCCAAAAAAGCCGCAACCGCUCUCUUCGACUUGGCUGUCAUGGACGAGAAAUAAAAUCCAUGGACUGCCGAGCAGCUGUUCCAGGGCAGCCGUUGCUUUUCGCUACAGCUGCAGAAGAUGCCACUCUGCGCAUCAUGUCGCCUUCAGAUAAUGCUAUGCAAGGGCCCUGGGGGUCAUUUCAAACCCAUCACAUUCUGAAAGCGCAUGACUCGGGCAUUCAACACGUCAGUUGGUCUAAGGAUGGGCAGUAUCUUUUCAGUAGCGCGGCUGAUGAAGAGUUCUUCGUCUGGAAGAUUGGCUCCGUUCCUCCAUUUGGUGUCACGGUCAUGCUCUUGGCCAAAGCUCCCACCCCCGAUGUGAAGUCGGAAGUUCGUAUCACCAAUUUUGAUAUGGUAGAGGUUGAGGAGUCUGGCUCGGGAAAGGGUUUCCUUCUGUGUCUGACAAUGUCCAACUCCAAAAUCAAGAUAUUCCACUUUUCCCCGAAGAGUCGUCAAUUUACUCAACUAGCAAAAGGGCAAUACAUGACCAACUGCUUGACCGAAGCGCACUUCGUGGUGAAAGAGUCCUCGAUCAGCCUCGUUACAGCUGCGACUGAUGGUUAUUUCACUCUGUGGGAUCUGACAAGUACCCUCGACCCAUUUUACACAGUUCAUUCUUCGACAACGAAACUCAAAUCCGCUCUCGACAGCUCUUCCAUUUCGCCCGAGAACAUUACAUGUGAGAGUCGCUACCAGGUCAAUUCCAACAGUAUCAAGGCAAUGGAACUUCUCCGUCUCUCCGACACCGUGGUUAUGGUGUUGACAGGAAGCGAUGACAAUUCCAUUUCACUUUCUCUACUCAAAACAUCGUCUACAUCCACCAGCAGGAAUGCACAGGUGGCGACCGUUUCAAUCCCCGACGCCCAUACUGCGUCCGUGACGACUCUCAAAGUCAUUGAUCAACAAACGAUACGCGAUGCCGAGUCUGACUCGAUAAUCACAAAGCUGACUGUCGCAUCCUCGGGCAAUGACCACAGAGCUAAGAUCUGGUCUAUCACAAUCGACCCUGCACGUGACACCGACGGCAUCAAGAUCGAUCUACUGGUAGACCGAUACAGCUCUGUCGCUGAUAUCUCAUCUAUCGGACUCAUUCAAGAGCCUGAGUCGGAUCAAGCCAAACUGCUGAUCUGCGGAGUGGGCUUGGAACUGCUACAGCUGAGAUCGCAGUAA